AUGUCCAGAGUUUGGUUUGUGACAGGCAGCUCCCGAGGUCUUGGGAGAGCCCUUGUCGAAUAUGCUUUGUCCAAGGGCGACUCGGUCGUCGCGACUGCACGCAACAAAGACGUUCUGAGCGACGUGCUCAAGAAAUAUGGAAAGUCGAAGGUUCUCCUCUACAGCCUGGAUGUGGUCAACUACGAAUCUGCUGUGGCGGCCGUCCAUGCCGCGGUGAACAAGUUCAAGCGCAUCGAUAUUCUCGUCAACAAUGCUGGCUACGCCAAUCCUGCCUCGUUCGAAGAUAGCACUCUCGAAAGCUUCAAUGAACAAAUAGAUGUCAAUUUCAACGGCGUCGUCAACGUCACCAAAGCCAUCCUUCCGAUCCUGCGGCAGCAGGGCUCCGGUUAUAUUUUCAAUGUCUCGUCGCUAGGUAGCCGUCUUGGUACCCCAGGCCUGUCUGCAUACCAAGCCGCAAAAUGGGCGGUCAGUGGUUUCUCGAGUGUCCUGGCUUCUGAGCUGGGUCCCUUGAACAUCAAAGUCACGUCUUUGGAGCCUGGUGGGAUCCGAACAGACUGGGCAGGCUCAUCAAUGACUAUCCCCCCGAUCAGCGAUGCCUACCAAGAUACCGUUGGGGCCCUGUGCAAGCUGAUCCGUGACAACAACGGUAAAGAACCGUCUCUCCCCGAGAAAUUCGGGCCCAUCCUCGAGAAAUUGUACGCGACACCGAAACCGCCAGUUCGCCUCUUGAUUGGCACAGACGCUGUACAGUAUGGCGCUCAUGUUGACGAUGUUCAGAGGAAGUCCGAUGAAGAGUGGAAAGAGCUGGGCCUCUUGUCUGUCUAA